AUGACGUCUCGCCGGGGUACUCUGCUACAUGUUGAAGACAGAGACGUUUACUGCCGAAAUGGCUGCCAGUUCUACGGAAACCCCGAAUGGGAGGGUUAUUGCUCAAAAUGUUACAAGGAAAUUCGUGCGAAAAAACAGCUGAAACACAGUCAGAGCGAGACUCGAGCCCCGACCGACUUUCUUAAGUUCGAAGAGAAGAAAUCGCGUCAGAAAAGUAACAAAACUCUCAAGAAUCUCAUCAAACGUGCCAACACAAUCAAAGAAAACGCCACUUUCCUGAACGCUUCGUCAGGACCGGUUCUGCGGGACAAAAAAGCAUCGGAUAGCCUGGCGCUGUUGAGUGACGAUCUCCACAAGAGACUCGGUUUCAAACAGGAGUUAUGUCACGAAUUCGUGAAAGUCCUCAACAACACCUUAGAGAAGAUGGAGGUGUUCUUCAAAAAGAAUGAGUCGAUGGAAUCGAUGUCAGACAUGGUUCAGGACGCAUAUCAGCUGAUCUACGACAAAGCGAUCCAGGUCACUGAGUCGAUUUCAGCCACCGAAGCGGUCGAACUCUGUGAGGAUUUCCUCAUUUCGCACACCUACGACGUCCUUUUUGGAGUCUUGUCGUCGGAAGAAGAAACACGCGACCUUGGGGUCCUUCAACGAAUCAGAUCUUUGCACUGGGUUCGAGCUCAUCAUCUUGACGUUGAAAUCGAUGAUAUACAUCCGACCGUGAAAGAGUUCAUGGACGAAGCUAGCACCCAAUUGAUCUUCAUAGACUCGAAACGUUCGCCGAGGGAGAAACUCUACUGUGUGAUCGAAGCUGCCAGAAAUAUUUUCAAGAUGCUCCAGGCAGCUCCGCAAAGUAAAAGCCAAGGAGGAGCCGACGACUUCCUUCCCGCCAUGAUAUACGUGGUGCUCCGAGCGAACCCACCGAGACUCCACACAAAUAUCAAACUCGUGACUCUCUUCAGCGCUCAGAGCAGACUUCGCAGCGGCGAGAGCGGUUACAUGUUCACCAAUCUCUGCGGUGCUGUGAACUUCAUCGAGAACUUGACGGCGGCUCAACUGCAGAUGCCACCGGAGGAGUUCGAGUCCUACGUAUCCGGCAAAGCCGUUCCAACCGAAGACACUCUUACCGAAGGUGCCAGGAUGAUGUACCACAACAUGGCGGCUUUGAAGGAGCUUAAUCUAAGACAGAAUCGACUAGCCGACGCAACUCAACAGCUCAAAAUCACGCUCGAAAGCCUUCAGAAGGACAUAGGGGACCAGGUCGACGGAGCUCUCAAACGUUCCCAGAAGGCGGCCAGUCACCACGAAUAUAUCGUGUCCGCGGAUGUUGACAUUCGUUGCGUGCCUCAAUUCAUGCGGAAGAAGAUCACGAGGAUUGAGGGGCUUCCACCGAUUCCCGUGCAACCAGAUUUGCUCUCACCAGACAACGCUGAAUUGCCAUCACCGCUCAUUCCCGAAGUGCUACAUGACGAACCGGCGCUCCGUAUCGAACCGAAGAGUGCGGAGGGAAGCGACGCUCCGAUCGCAGAGGCAGACCUGGCCGUUACGGCUGGAGCAACCGAGUUGGAAGCAGGCGCGGAGGAGAAAACGUCUCUCCUUCAACCCAUGAAUUCGUGA